UUCACGAGUGAAUUAACUCCAUUUCACAAGGCAAUACAAUUAAUUUAACCGCGGAAUUAAGAUAACAGAAAGCAGGUUUUGAUCGUUCAUCCACCGGUGAUCAUGUCCAGUGAAGACGAGCUGUUGUCUGUGGAUUAUGAGGUGUACGGCCGAGUGCAGGGGGUUUUCUUUCGCAAAUACACACAGACUGAAGGGAAGAGGCUGGGUCUGGUUGGCUGGGUUCAGAACACUGAUGCUGGAACCGUUCAAGGGCAGCUCCAGGGUCCCGUCUCUAAAGUCCAGCAGAUGCAGCAAUGGCUCCAAACCACCGGCAGCCCAAAGUCCCGCAUCGCCAAAGCAGAGUUCCAGAAUGAACACCCCAUCCACGAACUGGAGUUUAAGGAUUUCAAAGUUGUCCGCUAAUCAAAGAGCAGAGCAGUUAGUAUUUAUUAACAUAGGUAAAGUAUAUAUACUAUUUAUUUUAGCAUUUAAAAAUCUUCAUGAUUACCUGUUCAUGAUAGUUAAUAUGUAGCACAGGACUCAUAUAUUGAGUAUAUGGUAUAUAUUAUACCAUAUACCAUCUGCUUCAAGACUUCUGUACAGGAAAACACACUCUUCCUGCUA